CAUCGAGUGCACAGUACCUGCCGACAGUCGCACAUUGCUGAGCGCUGGGCCAAUUGUCUGGACUAUAUUAACCGCAAGGAGGACGAACUGGUUUGUCAGCUGAAUGAGUGCGAUCUUGACCUGUCUGCCUUUGCGGGCAUGAUGAGGACAGACGACUUUGUGCGUGAUGUGAUCGGGCGUGGCAGAACGCUGAUCGCAUACGAUCUGCCCAGGUUUCUCAACGAGUUGUGCUGUCGCAUGCCUCUUGACAUGACCUGCUCAGAAGGCGAAAGCUUCGACCAGGUCUGGAAGAGGACUGAGGAGAGAAUUCGUGAUUUGGACUGUUUGCUGGAGCGUGUUAACAGGAUGCGAUUCAACGGAUGGCUGGAGUGA